AUGUUACGAUCAUGUUCUUUUACUAUCAUAUUAAUUAAUUUAUUUUUUCCAUCGACUUCUAUGAUGAUAAUCGAUGAAAACAAUUCAAUAAAUGAAACUCUUAAUUGGGCUGAAGUAACAGCAACAAGAUUAGUUGUUUGUUAUUAUAAUGAAACAUCAGGUAUAUGGUUAAAUGAAUUAGCAUGGCAAUCUGGUAAUACAUUAGAAUCACUUGCUAAUUUUCUAUCUCAUCUUGAUUCACCUUUAAAAUAUGUCUUUAAUAAUACAUUUAUAAAAACUGGUAUGUUUAUUGGAGGUGAUUGUUUUGAUGAUUAUCAAUGGUGGUUAUUAGGUUGGUUACAAGCAUAUUCUGUUGAUCAAAAUAUAAAUUAUUUACAUCGUGCUGCAGAUAUCUAUGAUAUAAUUGUUGAUAAAGCAUGGAAUGUAACACAAUGUUCAGGUGGAAUACAAUGGUGUCCUACAAAUGGAUAUAAAAAUGCUAUAACGAAUGAAUUAUUUUUAUCAUGUAGUAUGAGAUUACAUCCAUAUGCUACAAUACUUGGUAAAUCAUCAACAUAUUAUCUUAAUUGGGCAUUAAAAGAAUGGCGAUGGUUUGAAAAUAGUGGUAUAAUUAAUGCUGAUUAUUUAAUUAAUGAUGGAUUAAAUUCUAAUGAUAAUAUAUGUGUAAAUAAUAAUCAAACAACAUGGACAUAUAAUCAAGGUGUUAUUUUAUCUGGUUUAGCUUUAUUAUAUAAUGCAACAAAUAAUAAAACAUUAUUAAAUAUUGCACAAAAUAUAGCUGAUGCAACAAUACAAAAAUUAAUUUAUUCAAAUGGAAUAUUAAAAGAACCUUGUGAACCUAAUUGUGAUAAUGAUCAAAAAUUAUUUAAAGGAAUAUUUGUUCGUCAUUUAAGUUAUCUUCUACCAUAUUUAAUAGAUCCAAUUCAUAUACAAAAAUAUACUUUAUUUUUACAACAAAAUGCAAUAUCAGUUUCAAUGACAAAUCGAUGUGAAUUAGAUGGAUUAUUUGGUUUAUUUUGGAAUAAUACAUCAAUUAAUAAUUGUGAUUCAACACGUGAUACCGCUACAACUUCAUCUGUAUUAGAUUUAUUUCUAUCGAUUGUAAAUACUCAACAACAAAUAACAACAUCAAAUUGGAUAUUAUUAGGUAUGGGAAAUUGUAUGGAUGAUCAAAAUUUUAGUAUGUCAAAUUUUUAUAAAAAUGAUGUUACUGAAAAUAUUUGUCGUACAACGGCUGAUAAUGAUAUAGGUGCUAUUGCAUAUGAUUAUGAAUUAAAAUGUAAUGGAAAUGGAUUUUGUCGUAUACGAACAUUAUCUGAUCGAAGUUUAACACCCACAGGAUGGACAUAUGAAGUUGGUAAUGCAAUUACUGUUACACGUACAAAUAAAAUCAUACUUACAAAUUGUUAUUUAAGAACAAAUUAG